CGCACGCCCGCCACCGGGCUUCAAGAUAUGCGUACCCCUGCGCAGCGGCUCGCUCACGUAAAGCAGCUCGCGGACGAGUGGCCCGCGGCGACCUUCGGCCGGCUCGAGGCCCUGCUCGACGCCCUCCUCGACGAGGCGAGCGCGCACGGAGAAUUGUACUCUAUCGCCCACAUGCUGCGCCGCUUCCACUGGGGCAUCGUCGGCACUGCGUUGUCCGCCGGCGGGCGGCGGUGCUCCUUCCCGACGCGCCCCUCUACGCGCCGGCUCGCAUCGUCAAGGUCCACCCGCCCCUCUACGCGCCCGGGAGCGGGGUCGGCGCGGUCCACCCGCCCGGGAGCGGGGUCGGCGCGCCGGCGCAGCAGUGGCUGCUGGAUCUGACCGCGCUCGUCGAUGGCGCCGAGCGGGACGAGCCACGGACGCCGCUCGGCUACCUCUCCAACUCAACGGGCCGCGUCGGAGACGAGGAGGGGGCGGUCGCGGCCCGCGUCGGCGGUGGAGCUCGGGAGGGCCCUCGCCUUUGGGCUCGGGAGGGCCCGCCUCGCCAAGCUCGUCUGGGCAGCGGCGCGCGACCGUUCCGGCGUCGCCGCCAUCAGCAAGUGGCGCGCGCUCCUGCUCGAGGCGCGCGUGCACGAGCACGAGCCCGCGGCGGGCGAGGGGGCGCUCGCCACCAUCGGCGAGUACAGCCGCCACGCCGCCUUUUACACGCGGCUCAACGACGCGCGGGGCGCUCUGUUUGACUUCUUGAACGAGCCUUCGGAGGACGAGUAUGUCACGCACAUCGCGGCCAUCGGCAGGGCGUUCGACCAGUGGCCCGCCCAGUUCCGCUCGAUUGCUGAGGCAUGGUUCCGCUGGCUGCUCGGCCUCGAGCAGCGGCGAGCGGGGUACCCGGCACUGCGCGAGUUCAUCGCUCACGAGAGUGGGCUGUCGCACAGCGCGCACAUCGCUCGUGACGAGACGGGCCGCUUCGGCCUUCCCAGGGCGGCGCUCGCCACGCUGCAGGCGCCCGCGCGCGUACUGGUGGAGGAUGGCCUGAUGGCCGACCCGGACGAUCCGACUCGCGAGGCGUGCUCCACCUGCGCGCGAGCUCCGAGCGAGUGCACGAGAUGGGUCCAGCUCAAACCGUGCUCACAUUGGCUGUGCAGCGCGUGCCUCGAGACUUGGGAACGCGCUGUGGAGAGAUCUAGAGACGGCGCCGACGGGGUGCAGCUCGACGACGAGGUAGUGGCGUCUCUGGCGGUAUGCCCGGUGUGCCGUGGGGCGAUCGUCGCUCGGCGCAUUGGGCGUAUGGGCGGGCAGUCCACUGUGGGAGAGGAGAGCGACUCGGGUGAAGAGAUGUAGGGUGAUUCGGCUGUCCCUGUUGGGCGUGACGCGCGCGGACAGAUAGCAGAUUUUAGCGAGCCGGACUCUUUGGGGCGCGUCUGAUAUAACUGCACCCCUCUGGCACACCUGUGUGUGAACCUUGUACGCGGAGAUAUAAAGCC